AGUAAACAUUCUAGUGCGACAAACAAGGGGAUACAAUUUGGCGGCAAAAACAUGUAUUUAUCAUCCGCAAAAUUAUAACAUUUCCAGCUUUUAUAAUGUCACGAACGAGAGAUCCCUUUCCUUUUCCUAAAACCGAGAACGACUACUCAUUGACUGGGGCAAGGCAAUGUCAGGUAGGCCUAAAUUGCAGCUCUAGCACUGAUUAUAUUUGUGCAUUUUUUUGCCUAAAAUAUUUAAAAACAUGAUUUCCGCUAUUUGAUCAGCCUAUGCAUUCUUCUUUCCAACUGAACAGAAAGAGCCAUUUGAUAAACCAACACACAUAGCUCAAAAUGACGAACCGUGGAGUCGUCUAAAUGACAGGGCUACUCUAGCCAGCAUCAGAAGGAAUGUCCGGUAUCAUGACCGGCAGGUAGGCUAAUAUUAUUACUCUAUAAUAGGCCUAUGUCUACAAUUAGCUUGACACAAAGGGCAACAUGAAAAUAAGUUGUACUAGCCAAAUGCAGAUAGCUAGUACAAUAUAAACAUAUUUGACUUGACUGAUUCAUGCACACAUUUUACAGAAAUUGAAGAAAUGCAGAAUUUACAUCAUAAAGUGACAUACAAACAGAACGAUCAUCUAUCACAUUACUGUACUCUCUCCCAACCAAGGCACCUAAAGACAGCCUAGACUUCCAUCUGAAGUCAACCUAUGACCACCAUCAAGAGUUCCUCAGUAGUAAGAACCAGACCUUAUACCAGAGGGAGACUGUUACUGACGACCAUGGGUGAGUGUGUGAUGGAACCGGGGAAGGGGAUGCUUGCAACUGUGGUGCUGCUGUAGUCGAGAGCUCUGGUCAAAAGUAGUGCACUAUAUAGGGAAUAGGGUGCCAGACAGCAGCUGUGGGAAGAGAAUAACUAAACUAAUGUACAACUUUAACUCUGUAGGAGGACUCUGAAGAACCGUGGAAAACAUGAAGCCCCCCUGUGUGAAACCGAGAAAGAAGUCAAAGUAUGGAUGAACUCACAGAAGUCUUCCAUCUACAGCAUUGAGGGAACAAUAGGUAAGAUGUCAAUAUAAUCCUGAGUACUUGUUCAAUAAAUAAUUGAUUAGUGAAUACUUAGCGAAUAAAGGCAGACAAGAAGAGGAUGAGCAUGACUGAAAUCCAAUCUAUAAUCAGGUAGUCUGUGAAAGGAACAUCUAUCGUAAUCUCAUUUACUUCUUGUGAUUGGUGUAUGAAGAGCUUUUUGACCAUGGCCAUAACUACUGGGACUUCUAAAAUAUUGUUGUCCUAGUUCUGACCUAAUUGUAAAAGCCCUGGUUCUGGCCAGGUAUGAGUGAAAUCAGUUCUCUGCUGGUCUAGGCGGGGCAUUUUCCCUAACAAUGUAUUACUUCUUUUUGUCUCCACAGAAUCUCACCACAAUGCCUCUACUAACAGGGGAUACUCCAGGAAGCACGAUGGGGGAUUCUACUCCACCUAAUAAUCCCCUCACACAACUCACACAGUGAACAAUGAACAUCACUCAACUUUCAGUGAACUACCCCCUACCCUCAUUCAAUUUCCAGUGAACUACCCCCUACAAAAGAUCAUUACUGUAUUACAGUAUUCAAGUCCACUGAAACAUCUUAAAAUAAAAGCAUUCUUUUGACAG